CCGCCACCGCGCCCUCUCCGCGGGGCUCAGGUGGGGCGCCGGGUCCGCCCCGCUCACCCCGCAGCGUCAGGCCGCUUAGUCUCAGCUCCUCGCGGGCGGCGGCACCGCAAGUUUCGGUAUCUUGGCAGCAGGGGCCCGCACAAACUCUCCAGGGCCUUCGGGAGACUCUUGAGGGCUCCUCUUCAGAGGCUCUCCGGCGCUCCCGCCGCCCUCGGUCGGGCAGCCACGAGGCCCCGCAGCGUCCUCCCGCGCGCGCCUGCCCGCCCGGCGGCUGCAGCCAUGUCGCGGGGGCCGGAGGAGGUGAACCGGCUCACGGAGAGCACCUACCGCAAUGUUAUGGAGCAGUUCAAUCCUGGCUUAAGAAAUUUAAUAAACCUAGGAAAAAAUUAUGAAAAAGCUGUUAAUGCUAUGAUCGUGGCAGGAAAAGCCUACUAUGAUGGAGUGGCUAAGAUUGGUGAGAUGGCGUCUGGGUCCCCGGUGUCAACUGAGCUGGGCCAUGUCCUCAUAGAGAUUUCGAGCACCCACAAGAAACUCAAUGAGACCCUUGAUGAAAACUUCAAAAAAUUCCAUAAGGAGAUCAUCCAUGAACUGGAGAAAAAAACAGACCUUGAUGUGAAAUACAUGAAUGCAACUCUUAAAAGAUACCAAGCAGAACACAAGAGCAAAUUAGAUUCUUUGGAGAAAUCUCAAGCUGAAUUGAAGAAGAUCAGAAGGAAAAGUCAAGGAGGACGGAAUGCACUAAAAUAUGAACACAAAGAAACUGAGUAUAUAGAGACUGUUACUUCUCGCCAGAGUGAAAUCCAGAAAUUCAUUGCAGAUGGUUGCAAAGAAGCUCUGCUUGAAGAGAAAAGACGCUUCUGCUUUCUUGUGGACAAACACUGUAGCUUUGCAAAUCACAUACACCAUUAUCACUUACAGUCAGCAGAAUUACUUCAUUCCAAACUGCCCAGGUGGCAGGAAACCUGUUGUGAUGCCACCAAGGUGCCAGAGAAAGUCAUGAACAUGAUAGAAGAAAUAAGGACUCCAUUCUCUACCCCAAUAUCUGGGACACCUCAGCCAUCACCUAUGAUCAAGAGGAGCAAUAUGGAUGAGAAAGAGUAUGACUCCCUUUCUAACUAUUCACCAAAGAUGCCUCCAGCCACUUCAGCCAAAGACUAUACCAGUCCUUUAGUUGAUAUGUUCAAUAACCCAGCAACAGUUGCACCAAAAUCAGAAAAGAUAAAUAAUGCAACAGACACUUCAGAAGAUGCGAGUUUACAGAGAUCGGUUUCGGUUGCCACUGGACUGAACAUGAUGAAGAAGCAAAAAGUCAAGACCAUUUUCCCACACACUGCUGGCGCCAACAAUACCUUACUCAGCUUUGCACAGGGCGACAUCAUCACGCUGCUCAUCUCCGAGGAGAAGGACGGCUGGCUCUAUGGGGAGCAUGAUGGCACCAAAGCGAAGGGUUGGUUCCCGUCUUCGUAUACAAAGUUGCUGGAAGAAAAUGUGAAGGAACCGGUGACUGUGCCCACUCCAAGCCCUGCCCCGGUGAGAAGCAUCAGCACUGUGGACCUGUCUGAGAAGAGCAGCGUCGUCAUCCCCCCGCCUGACUACCAGGAGUGUCUCUCCAUGGGGGCUGCUGCCAGGAACCAAGCAAAUGUUGCCAAAAACACUUCUACGUUCAGAGCUUCGGCAUCUAAACCAGAAACCAAGUCUCCUAGUGACGCAAAUGGGACCGCCAAGCUACCUUUCCUCAGUGGAGAAAACCCCUUUGCUACUGUGAAACUCCGACCCACGGUGACAAAUGAUCGAUCAGCACCAAUCAUUCGAUGAAGAUGCCAAAGAUUCUCCUGGUUCCUCUACUGUUCGGUUCUCAUCUGAAAAAUGAUAGGUAUCCAUUGUGUGGCAAGCUCUGGGACUGUUGGAAGCUUCACCAGAAGGUGCCUGAUUUUCAAUGCAUCCUACUUGAGCAAAUCAAUGCAUUUUCUCAAUUUAACAUAGAUGGGCGUACACAUUUCUGUCAAGAUAGACCAGCUCAAUCAUUUAAAAAUAUUUUCUUCCUGCUCUAUCUAAAAACAGUAAAUUUGGUUCCAAUCCCCAGUGUAUCUGUUUUUAAUAUUCUAUUUUUUUUUUAAAGUUGCAGCCAGAAUAACAGAUAGUUUGCUUUCAUGACUGGAUUUCUGCAUCUGAUCAUAAAUGAGACCAGUUCUGUUUCAUAAAGCAUGUGCUCUUAAGUAGCAUUAUGAUGUCUGUCUAAAGAAAAUAUUAUGUAAGUUUGCAUCUUAGCAUGCAAAUCAUAAUUUUAAGCAAUAUAAAUUAUGGAAAUGUAUUAAAUAGAAUUUUUAAUUACAAACUUUAAACUCUUGAUUAAACAUAGAGCAUCCCAAGAUGGAGAGGUCCCGACCACCCAAGUUACAGGGCUGGAGUGCUGAAGUUCUGAGAUCUGAGACAUUUUGCCUGCCUGUCUCAUAGCUAUACUUAGUAUCUCGUGUUAAGAGCUACCAGCUGGCUUCCUGGAGGCCUGGCACCCUGGAAAGGUGUUCUCCCUGAGGGGAGACCAAAGCUGUGGCUACUUACUGGGAAACCUCCUGGGGUCCAAGUUUGUGUGUGUUUGAACCAAAGUCACUUAAUGAAGCCAGGAUGACUCUGGUGGCCCUAAAGGGCAGAGCCUCUAUCUCAGUCUGAAAUCACCUGUAGGAUUCUGGUCAGAAACUCCAGGGCCUGGAGUUUAUCCUUAGCUACCAAGGAACAAUAAAUCACAACUAAAAUUCACACCCAGGCCACUCACUGGGAAAAGGGGCUGUUGCUUAUCAUGGCUUUUUUGAGCUCAUCCCUUGUGAAUAUUUUUCAAAGUUGGUCAGUGUUUCAGUAAUAGUAGUAAACCAACAGACAUAAGACUUCAGGCACUGGCAGGCUCUCCUGGGAGGACAACCUGGCACCUCUAUGCAGGGUUAAUAUGCAAGAUUAGAUCACCCCCUUCCUGUCCUGUGGCACUAUCCUGAAAGGUGCCCCAGUCAAGUUCCAAAUUUACAUAGGUGAGCCCACCGUUUCCAAAACACAACAGCAGAGUUGAUGGGAGCCCUGUUCUCAGCAGUGGAGAACAAAUGAGUGCCAGGUUUCAGAAAAUGUGUGAAGACUGGAAAACGUCGGGGAGGUCACCUGGCUUUGGUACAGGGGUUCGGGAAAAGACCCCAGGACUAUCGCUGCAGUGUGCAGCCACUACAGGGCUCUGUGGGGACCUGAGGCACAUGCUCCGCCGUUGUCAGUGUUAUGGUUUAAUGUCAGUAAUAAAGGAGAGAAUUUGAAACCUGUGUCCUUGAGCUGUCAGAGCCAACUGAGGCACACACAGCCUCCUAACUAAGUCUGCAUGUGUCAAACUUGCUUCGACAAGGUCCAUACAGUAGCAGUGGGCAAACACUGAACAAGCAAAAGCAGCUGAACAGUGGUAUGAAUCUCAUUUAUUUAAAACAGUAUUUCUCACCUUUCUCAAAUUGAAGACUGCAAAAAAAAUAAAAGCAAUGUUUUUUUUGUU